AUGGCUUUGUCCUCCUCACAAGUGCCUUCGCCAGGCCAUGUUCUCGUAACAGGCGGCUGCGGCUUCCUGGGCCACCACAUUGUUGACCUCCUGCUCGAACGUCACCCUCAAACCCGCGUCUCCGUCCUCGACCUCCGCACGACCUCGAACCGCAGCUCGAACCCCAAUGUCUCCUACUACGAUGGUGAUCUCACAGACAAGGAUGCGACCAAGGCGCUCUUCCAGAAAUUGAAGCCUGAGGUGGUGAUCCACACCGCAAGCCCCCACCACACCGCAAAGAAUGAAAUCCUGUUCAAGGUGAACGUGGAUGGCACGAAAGCGCUUCUAGAGGUGUCCCAGGAGACGGGUGUUAAAGCCUUUGUGCAUACGAGCUCCGCAAGUGUAAUACAUAAUCCCGAGGAAGAGCUAGUCAAUGCGGACGAGACGUAUCCAUUGAUCGCGGGAAAGGAACAACCUGAAUACUAUACCAGUACAAAGGUCUGGGCUGAAUCAGCCGUCCUCGCUGCCAACCGCACUCCCGCCUCCUUCCUCACCUGCGCCAUCCGUCCCGCCGGCAUAUUCGGCGAAGGUGAUGUCCAAUUGCUGCCCAAGAUGCUGAGCGCCUACUUCAAAGGCCAGCACAAGUUCCAGAUUGGCGAGAAUCAGAACCUCUUCGAUUUCACCUACGUGAAGAAUGUCGCUCACGCGCAUCUCCUCGCCGUCGUCGCUCUUCUUACCACUCACAAAAAGCUUCCAUCGAUACCUCUGGACACAGAGCGGGUGGAUGGCGAGGCGUUCCUGGUCACCAACGGUCAGCCGGUAUACUUCUGGGACUUCCCUCGCCAGGCUUGGAAGGAGGCGGGCAACACCCUGCCUAUUGAAUCCGUCUGGCAUUUGAGUUUUGGGACUAUGAUGGUGGUGGGCAGCUUGCUGGAGUUGGCAUGUUGGCUACUAGGAAAGACGCCGAAUCUCAACAGACAACAGGUACAAUACAGCUGCUGGACGCGGUAUUACAACAUUGACAAGGCGAAGAGGAGGCUAGGCUACAAGCCGAUCGUACCCCUCGAGGAGGGAAUCAAGAGGGGAGUGAGGUACAUCUUAGAGCAAAGGGAGAAAGAGGCGAAUGGGGUUGCUGCGAAGAAGAACCUAUAG